AUGACCGAGCUCGAGCUCCAGAAGCUGCGCGAGUUCCGCGGCGCGCUGAAGCGAGCGAGCGAAGAGAACCCGGAGCUGCUCGCGACGCCCGCGCUGCGUCGGUUCGUGAACGACGCGUGCUUGGCGCGGUAUCUCCGCGCGAGGAACUGGAAGGUGAAGAAGGCGCUCAAGAUGCUGACCCAUACGCUCAAGUGGCGCGCGCGGACGCGGCCGGACUCCAUCACGUGGCGGGACGUCGCGAAGGAAGGAAGCACGGGGAAGCAGUACGUCCCGGGCGUGGACGUCAAGGGGCGGAACGUUCUCGUCAUGCGUCCCGGGCGGGAGAACAGCAAGGAACACGCGGGGAACAUUCGAUUCUUGGUGUACAUGCUCGAGAAAGCGACGUGGAGGGAGGACGCGCCGGAGCACCCGCCGCUCGGGCAGGCCGCGGACCACUCCUCGGAGAAGCUCGUCAUCUUGAUCGACUUCUCCGGGUGGACGCUCAGCACGGCGCCGCCGAUGAAGACGUCGAAGGAGACGUUGUCCAUCUUGCAAGAUCACUUCCCCGAGCGUCUCGCCGUCGCCGUGUGCUACAACCCGCCGUGGAUCUUCGCGGUGUUCUGGAAAGCCAUCUCGCCGUUCAUCGACCCGGUGACGUACCGCAAGAUUCGGUUCGUGAACCCGAAGCGCGAGAAGGAGAUGAAGCGGAUGGGCGCGAUGUUCGACAUGAAGAACGUCAUCGAGAGCGACAUGGGAGGAGAGGUUGAUCCGACGUUCGACCUCGCCAAGUUCGCCGCGGAGAACAACGCGCUGGACGCGCGGAGGAAGGAGGUCAUGGCGCUGUGCGAGUGA